GUAUGUUAACUUAUGUCUGGGCGAGGCAAUGGCUCUGAAACACCCUGCAUAAAAAUAUCUGUGAAAUAUCUGUAAGCACAUACAGGGCAUGUGACACUCCCGAGUUUCUCCAACUCCUAAUAGACGUCUGUACCAAGAUAUGGAAAAUGCAGAGUCCUCGGAUGGACUGAACGAGUGGGAGGAAAUUCAAUCACCAUGGCCACAAACAACAAAUUGGGUGAACAACACAGACACUUUGGUGAUCACAGACGAUUACCUUCACCACCACUCCUCCGUCUUCCCUCCAAGUGACCACGAAGGCCUACCCAUCACUCCACAACACAGCCCAUCAUCAUCUCUCCCAUCGUUGUCGUCGUCGUGCUCGUCGUCGUCUUCAGUGUCCGGUGAAGGCCAUGGAUUGAUCCCGGUGAGCGUCACCGGUGAAAUUGGGAGGCGUUUGAAGCUGCAGCUGGGGCUCCUGAGCUCCGGAAUUCAUCGGAUUGUUUAUGCAAUUCGUAGUUAUGGUGUGUUUAGAGGUGGGUUUCUGACGGUGACCGGAGUGGCGGCGGCUAUGGUGGUGUCGCUGUUGUAUGUGAAAGUGCAGCGGUGGCGCCGGCGAGUGCUCCAGGAGAACCAGGAUCGUUUGGUGCUUCUCGUUAAAGAGAAAGAUGAGAAAAUCAGCCAGCUCUUGCUUCAAAUUGCCCAAAUGACUGAAAAAUUAUCUACACGCAGUAGGGUUCCAGUACUCCGAGUUGGUUGAUACAUUAUGGGUAUGUGAUCGAUGACACAUUGUCACCCCACCUCUUUUUACUCUUUCUUCUAGAGCAUUGUUAAUCCGUCAGCUUAUUUAUCAUACAGUAAUGAGAAAAGCAGUGCAUUAAAAGUUAUUAUAUGUUUAUGAAAGAAAUCAGAAAUUGAACCUGCAUUUCUAUUUUUUUUUUUUUCCAUGUUAAAAGGAAUUUAAGCUUGGUUAUGUAAUGUAUAUGACGUACAUAUAGAUUCAUCAUGUGUUUCUUCUGGUUC